UUCAGUCCGCCCGGAACGUUCAGUCUCAGCUCGAGACUCAUUCACGGGCGUACCAAGGCGGUUUUGGCUCCUAACAGGCGGACACGGGUUUUCAAGUUUUUGUCCAAACACCGCGAACCGGGACCGGUGCCGGUGCCGUUCGAGCCCAGCGCGUCAUGUCGGACACAUGGAGCAACAUCCAGGCGCACAAGAAGCAGCUGGACUCUCUGCGGGAGAGGCUGCAGCGGCGCCGCAAAGACCCCGCACAGCUGACCGCAGACGCUGGAAGCAGCACGGAGGGUUCCACGGCCAGAAGCGACAGCCCGGCUCCGUCAGCGCCGCCGCACCCUCAGGAAGAGACGGAGAAACCACCAGACCCCGAGCUAGAGAAGAGGCUGCUGGGAUAUCUCUCUGAUCUGAGUCUCUCACUGCCGACGGACUCCCUUUCCAUCACGAAUGAACUCAACAGCUCAGAAACAGACGUCAGUCACGGAUGCAUCCAGAGUCUGCUGCUCAAAUUCUCCGCUCAGGAGCUCAUCGAGGUCCGGCAGCCCGCCUCCGCCUCUUCCUCCACCGCCUCCUCCUCCUCGGUCGUGGUAUCGGUGGACCACACCAAACUAUGGGCCAUGAUCGGGUCGGCGGCCGGAGCCCAACGGAGCGGCGUGAAGAGAAAAGCGGAGGAUCAAACGCACCUGAAACGAGCCGCGGGCUUCUCGCCGUCGCUUCAGAGCUCUGCCUCUCCUCCGCACGCUUCUUUCACCUCUCUGACGCCGGCUUCCUCCACGCAGCUGGCGGGGCCUUCGGCGUCGGGCAGCGGGGCGGAGAAGAAGGGCAGGAGCAGCAAAGGCCAGUCGUCUCAUUUGGACAUGGAGAUCGAGAGCCUGCUGAACCAGCAGUCCACUAAAGAGCAGCAGAGCAAGAAGGUGAGCAGAGAGAUUCUGGAACUACUUAACGCUAGCACGGCCAAGGAGCAGUCCAUCGUGGAAAAGUUCCGGUCUCGCGGCCGGGCUCAGGUCCAGGAGUUCUGCGACCACGGGACCAAAGAGGAGUGCGUGCGCUCCGGGGACACGCCUCAGCCAUGCACCAAGUUACACUUCCGCCGCAUCAUCAACAAGCACACGGACGAGAGCCUCGGCGACUGCUCCUUCCUCAACACCUGUUUCCACAUGGACACCUGCAAAUACGUCCACUAUGAGAUCGACAGCCCUCCGGAGGCCGAGGGGAGCCUGCUGGGGCCCCAGGCCGGCACCACGGAGCUCGGACUCCACGCGGGGGACGCAGACAGCAACGUGGGAAAACUCUUCCCCUCGCAGUGGAUCUGCUGCGAUAUCCGCUACCUGGACGUGUCUAUCCUGGGGAAGUUUGCCGUGGUGAUGGCCGACCCUCCGUGGGACAUCCACAUGGAGCUUCCCUACGGCACGCUGACCGACGACGAGAUGAGAAAGCUGAACAUCCCCAUCCUGCAAGACGACGGCUUCCUCUUCCUCUGGGUCACCGGCAGGGCUAUGGAGCUGGGCAGAGAGUGUCUCAGUCUUUGGGGCUACGAGCGUGUGGAUGAAAUCAUUUGGGUGAAAACAAACCAGCUUCAGAGAAUCAUCCGCACAGGACGGACGGGCCAUUGGCUGAACCACGGGAAGGAGCACUGUCUGGUGGGCGUGAAGGGAAACCCUCAGGGCUUCAACAGAGGGUUGGAUUGCGACGUCAUUGUGGCCGAGGUCCGCUCCACCAGUCACAAACCGGACGAGAUCUACGGCAUGAUCGAGAGACUGUCACCCGGCACCAGGAAGAUCGAGCUUUUCGGCCGACCGCACAACGUCCAGCCCAACUGGGUCACUCUCGGAAACCAGCUCGAUGGCAUUCAUCUCUUGGAUCCAGAGGUCGUGGCUCGGUUUAAGAAGCGCUACCCGGACGGCGUCAUCUCCAAACCCAAAAACAUGCAGUGAUGACUUCAGUGGUCAAAAAGGUGUGGAGAAAUCUGUGUAUAGACUGUUUUUUGUUUAUUAUUAUUGUUUUAUACCAGUGAACUCAUUUCUUAAAUAAAUCUUGUUAACAAGAUACACUGUCUGUGUCUUGGUUAAGAAAUGAUUAGGAAAUAAUGUGAAUCAUGUGUUUUCUGUGCAUGACUGUAUGUGAUCCCCGCAUUCAAUGCAGCAAAGCUUCACAUUCCCCACCAAUAAAAAAAACACAGGAGACGUUUUUAAUGUAUAGUUUUUGUUAUUUUGUUAGUAAAGAAUUAAGUUACUGCUGUUUUGACAUACUGUAGAUUCGAAUAGCUGAUUAGUAGUUUUGCGUUUUUU